GUCCCGCCCAGGAAAGUGAGUUGCGUUGGCGCCGAGGCCGGUAUCGCAGAGCCGGGAACACAGAAGGAACAGAGCCAGAGCGGCGCUGGUGCGCCGAGCAGAGCCGGGGACCAUGGGCUCCAUGUUCCGGAGUGAGGAGGUGUCGCUGGCCCAGCUCUUCCUGCCCACGGCUGCUGCCUACACCUGUGUGAGCCAGCUGGGCGAACUGGGCCUCGUGGAGUUCAGAGAUCUUAACGCCUCGGUGAGUGCCUUCCAGAGACGCUUUGUGGUGGAUGUUCGGCGUUGUGAGGAGCUGGAGAAGACCUUCACCUUCCUGCAGGAGGAGGUGCGGCGGGCUGGGCUGGCCCUGCCCCCCCCAGAGGGUGGGUUGCCGGCGCCCCCACCCCGCGACCUGCUGCGCAUCCAGGAGGAGUCGGAUCGCCUGGCACAGGAGCUCCGGGACGUGCGGGGCAACGAGCAGGCCCUGCGGGUCCAGCUGCACAAGCUGCAGCUCCACGCGGCCGUGCUGGGCCAGGGCCAGGGCCCCUCGUUGGCAGCCAUCCACACGGAUGGUUCCUCGGAAAGGACCCCCCUGCUCCAGCCCCCCAAGGGGCCCCACCAGGACCUGAGGGUCAACUUUGUGGCAGGUGCCGUGGAACCCCACAAGGCCGCCGCCCUGGAGCGCCUGCUCUGGAGGGCCUGCCGUGGCUUCCUCAUCGCCAGCUUCAGGGAGACAGAGCAGCAGCUGGAGGACCCGGUGACGGGUGAGCCUGCAACGUGGAUGACCUUCCUCAUCUCCUACUGGGGCGAGCAGAUCGGGCAGAAGAUCCGGAAGAUCACUGACUGCUUCCACUGUCACGUCUUCCCGUUCGAGGAGCAGGAGGAGGCCCGCCGGGGAGCCCUGCAGCAGCUCCAGCAGCAGAGCCAGGAGCUGCGGGAGGUCCUGGGGGAGACAGAGCGCUUCCUGAACCAGGUGCUGGGCCGGGUGCAGCGGCUGCUGCCGCCCUGGCAGGUGCAGAUCCGCAAGAUGAAGGCUGUGUACCUGGCCCUCAACCAGUGCAGCGUGAGCGCCACCUACAAGUGCCUCAUCGCCGAGGCCUGGUGUGCCACGCGCGACCUGCCCGCUGUGCAGCAGGCACUGCAUGACAGCUCGAGCGAGGCGGGUGUGAGCGCCGUGGUUCACCGAAUCCCCUGCCGGGACAUGCCCCCCACACUCAUCCGUACCACUCGCUUCACGGCCAGCUUCCAGGCCAUCGUGGAUGCCUACGGUGUGGGCCGCUACCAGGAGGUCAACCCCGCGCCCUACACCAUCAUCACCUUCCCCUUCCUCUUCGCCGUCAUGUUUGGGGACGUGGGCCACGGGCUGCUCAUGUUCCUCUUCGCCCUGGCCAUGGUGCUGGCUGAGGACCGGCCGGCCAUCAAGACAGCAAAGAAUGAGAUCUGGCAGACCUUCUUUGGUGGCCGCUACCUGCUCCUGCUCAUGGGCCUGUUCUCUGUCUACACCGGCUUCAUCUACAACGAGUGCUUCAGCCGCGCCACCGUCAUCUUCCCCUCGGGCUGGAGCGUGGCCGCCAUGGCCAACCAGUCCGGCUGGAGUGACAAGUUCCUGGCCAACCACCCCCUGCUCUCUCUGGACCCCAACAUCACCGGCGUCUUCCUGGGACCCUACCCCUUCGGCAUCGACCCUAUCUGGAGCCUGGCUGUCAACCACCUGACCUUCCUCAACUCCUUCAAGAUGAAGAUGUCCGUCAUCCUGGGGGUCACCCACAUGGCCUUCGGGGUGGUCCUAGGAGUCUUUAACCACAUACACUUUGGCCAGUGGCACCGGCUGGUGCUGGAGACCCUGCCGGAGCUGGUCUUCCUGCUGGGCCUGUUCGGCUACCUGGUCUUCAUGGUCAUCUACAAGUGGCUGCGCGUCUCGGCUGCCGGCGCCGCCUCCGCCCCCAGCAUCCUCAUCCACUUCAUCAACAUGUUCCUCUUCUCUCGCAGCCCCACCAACCGGCCACUCUUCCCUGGGCAGGAGGUAGUGCAGUCUGCAUUGGUGGUCCUGGCCCUGGCCACAGUGCCCGUCCUGCUGCUUGGCACACCCUUGUUCCUUCGCUGGAAUCACCACCGUCGCUUGAGGCGUGCUGGCCAACUGCAGGAUGAGGUCAAGACUGGGCUUCUGGACUCGCCCGACGCUAGGGGCUCUGAUGAGGAGAAGGCGGAGCACCCAGGGGACCAAGAGGAAGCCAAGUUUGUGCUCUCUGAGGUGUUCAUGCACCAGGCCAUCCACACCAUCGAGUUCUGCCUGGGCUGCAUCUCCAACACGGCCUCCUAUCUGCGCCUCUGGGCCCUGAGCCUGGCCCAUGCCCAGCUGUCAGAGGUCCUGUGGGCCAUGGUGAUGCGCAUAGGCCUGGGCAUGGGACGAGAGAUGGGUGUGGUGGCCCUGGUGCUGGUCCCUGUCUUUGCCGCCUUCGCUGUGCUGACCGUGGCCAUCCUGCUAGUGAUGGAGGGGCUCUCCGCCUUCCUGCACGCCCUGAGGCUGCACUGGGUGGAGUUCCAGAACAAGUUCUACUCGGGCACUGGCUACAAGCUGAACCCCUUCACCUUCUCCAUGGAGGACCAAUAGCGCCCACCUGUGGCCAUGCCAGCGCCCCCCCCCCCCCCCC